AUGGGGAUGUCAUUGCCGACGGAUGCUCAAUGGACGGCUCAAUCCGUCAUCGCUACCCUACCUCACCCGCCUCUUCAGAACACCCCCACCCCAAUUCCUUUCUUCCAUCUCCUUGAGCGAUUAAAGACCACAAAACGCGAAGGAUGGCGACGAUUUGGUAUUGCACACGGUGAAUCAAUAUCCGAUCACAUGUAUCGCAUGUCCAUCAUGACGAUGUUCGCACCACCUGCGCUUGCGGCUAGACUCAAUAUUCCCCGCUGUACCAAAAUGGCUUUGAUUCAUGACAUGGCAGAAUCCAUAGUCGGGGACAUCACCCCAGCAGACACACAUAUACCGAAAAUAGAAAAAGCCAGGCGUGAGGCGGAAGUUAUCGAAUACAUUUCAAAAUCUUUGCUUGGAGCGGUGCCGGGCCUGGCGAGCCAGGAUAUCCAGGAGAUAUUCGAAGAGUAUGAGGAUAACAAUACGCUCGAAGCGAAGUUCGUCCAUGAUAUCGACAAGCUAGAGCUGUUACUGCAGGCUGUAGAGUAUGAGCGGAGCCAUGCGGGGAAGUUGGAUUUGUCGGAAUUCUUCCACGUGCUGCAGGGAAUCAAGCUUCCUGAGGUUAGGGAGUGGGCUGCGGUCGUAAUGCAGGAAAGAGAAUCAUUUUGGGCGGGCAAGUCAAGCGACGCCUAA